GGCUGAGUGAGAUGAGUGACUAAAAGAAAUGAUUCUAGAGUUAAAAUGAAAAUUCUUUCUAAUAAAUAACUGUUUUUUUUUUGUUGCAUAAACUAAAAUAAAAAAAAAACCUCGUAUUUGCAGAAACUAAAAUUAUUAUACUUAAGAAAGAAAGCUCAUGCUUCACAAACCUCUUACUAUGUCCCUCUUGCACGCGUGCACACACACAUGCACAUAAAAAUCUAUAUAUAUCAUAAAGCAUAACUAGGUUACGGCUGUGUCCACCAUAUACAUGAUUGAUUAUGUAUAUUUGCAUAUUUAAGCCAAAGCUAGCAUAGAAAGUGUGAGAAAAACAAUGGACACUACUUGGAUUCUAUUUGUGACACCAAUUUUCUUGUGCACUUUGAUCCUCUACUACAGAAACAGGCUUAGUCUUAAGCUCAAACCAAAACAAAGAAAUCAGCUUCCACUAGGCACUCUUGGAUGGCCUUUUAUUGGUGAAACCAUAGAUUUUGUUUCUUGUGCUUACACCGACCGCCCUGAGAGCUUCAUGAACAAGCGAUGCGCCAUGUAUGGUAAAGUGUUCAAGUCACACAUAUUUGGAAGCCCUACCAUUGUUUCAACAGAUGCAGAUGUGAAUAAGUUUAUACUACAAAGUGAUGCAAAGGUUUUUGUUCCUUCUUAUCCCAAGUCAUUGAUGCAGUUAAUGGGAGAGUCUUCUAUUUUGCUCAUCAAUGGAACCUUGCAAAGGAGAAUACAUGGACUUAUUGGUGCUUUCUUCAAGUCUCAACAGUUAAAGGUUCAGAUUACCUCAGAUAUGCAGAAGUAUGUACAAGAAUCAAUGGCAAAUUGGAAAGAGGACCAACCUAUAUACAUACAAGAUGAAACAAAAAAGAUUGCCUUUCAUGUACUGGUUAAGGCAUUGAUUAGUUUGGAACCAGGUGAAGAAAUGGAACUUCUAAAAAAACAUUUUCAGGAAUUUAUCUCUGGCCUAAUGUCUUUGCCAAUAAACCUACCAGGAACCAAACUCUAUCAAUCUUUACAGGCAAAAAAGAAAAUGGUGAAAUUAGUGAGAAAAACUGUCCAAGCUAAAAGAAAUAAAGGCAUCUUUGAAGUUCCAAGAGAUGUAGUGGAUGUCCUUCUUAAUGAUACAAGUGAGAAAUUGACAGAUGAUUUAAUAGCAGAUAAUAUUAUUGAUAUGAUGAUUCCUGGAGAGGACUCAGUUCCAGUUCUUAUGACUCUAGCUACAAAAUACCUAUCAGAAUGCCCUCCUGCUUUACAACAAUUGACGGUGGAGAAUAUAAAGCUCAAGAAACUCAAAGAUCAGCUUGGGAAGCCUUUGUGUUGGAAUGAUUACUUAUCAUUGCCAUUUACUCAAAAAGUAAUCACAGAAACUUUGAGAAUGGGAAAUAUUAUAAAUGGUGUUAUGAGAAAGGCCUUAAAAGAUGUUGAAAUAAAAGGGUAUUUAAUACCACAAGGAUGGUGUGUGUUUGCAAAUUUUAGAUCAGUUCAUCUAGAUGAGAAAAACUAUGAGUGCCCAUAUCAAUUCAAUCCAUGGAGGUGGCAAGAUAAGGACAUGAACAGUUACAAUUUCACUCCUUUUGGAGGAGGACAAAGGCUGUGUCCUGGUCUUGACUUGGCAAGGUUGGAAGCUUCCAUCUUUCUGCAUCACCUUGUUACUCAAUUCAGAUGGUAUGCAGAAGAAGAUACAAUAGUGAACUUCCCCACAGUAAGAAUGAAAAGAAAGAUGCCUAUCUUAGUAAGGAGAGUGGAACCUUAGCCAGAAAGUAUGAAGCCACUACUACAUACUGAUACAGUACAAACAGUAUAUGAAAAAUACACAAGGCAAUAAAAAAGGAUAAAUGGAGAGGCCAGGAAAAAUUGGCUAAUGUAGACACACGUGUGGAGAAUUUCACUAGCAUUUUUGUUUCUUUGUAUUUGUCUUUUGCAAAUAAAGACAAUAGAAAAAGUUUUGUCUUUUGAAGGACCCCGUGAAUUAGGUAUUUACUUUUCAUUAAUUUUGCUUUUCCAUUUUACCCGGUAUGCUAGGGAAGAAAAAGUUGAUCGUAAGAGACAACACUAAUAAUCAUUUUAUAACUGUAUUUGAGGAGAUUAUGAACUCUGUCUAUUGAAGUUAUAAGGUUAAAUUCUUACCCGUUACCACUGAGCUACUACCUCAUGCACAAGGACAACACUUUCAUCUUAUUUACUUUGUUUUCUCUCUCUUA